GUUCUUGACUGACAACCAUCGACCCAUGUGUACUGCUCAUCUUCGGUCUAGCUCCUUCGUCGUCAACUCCCACACAAGUCACUCUCUCGAUCGCGGCAACGUAUUGAAGGCGGCAUAUGCGCACAGAUAUCUGCGCGAUCUCAAGAAACCAGCGUGGCUGCGAGCUCAGAAUCGCGUCCACCUCUUAGCGUCAUGGACGUGGACAAGUUGUUCAAGCUUCCCAAAUUGCCAGCCUCGUCGGUAAAUAAGAGAAAAUGGGCAGAACCCAGCAACGAUGCUUUGAAAGCUGCGCGGGUAGACGACGUCGACGACCAGGAGGGGGCCGAUCUGCGCUACCAGAAGCGUAGCAAUGCUCCUGCGGGGUCAGCUCGAGGAUCAGCUCUCGCUCCUGAAGAUGAUGCAGAGGGUCCACAUCUGCCUCCAGAUGAUGAGGAUGAGUUUGCACCGGGCAACGAUGCGGACUACUUUGUCGAUGAGGACGACGAAGGCGGGAGAUUCUUUGGUGGAGGCUUGACAGAACAACAGAAGAGAAUCAUCGAGAUCAUGAAUUCGGGAGAUGGCGAUGAUGAAGAAGUCAAGCCGGAGCAGAUUCUGAGAGACUUGAAAAGGAGCUUACUGAAGUGCGAGCGUGCUGUCAAUAGGAAUGCGGAAUUGAGGGUCAAGUACUCUGACGAUCCUGAAAAAUUUGUGGAGUCUGAAGCAGACCUCGACUCUUCUCUCAAAGCUCUCGUGGUACUUACAACGAAUCCGGCGCUCUUGUAUCCCGAAGCUAUCAAGAACGAAUUGCCCAAGACUCUCUGCGAUCUUCUAUCCCACGAGAACGUGGACAUCGUCGCUGCUGUUAUUGAGCUUGUCGAGGAGCUGACUGACGACGAUGUGCUGGAUGCAGGUGUGUUGGACGAUCAAGAAGAGCGAGAUGGUGGGUCGCGUCAAGGAGAAGCAGCUGUGGCCCAGCUGGUCGACCAAUUGCUUGAGAGAGGCUUCUUAGACCUGCUUAUCCCGAAUUUGACUCGGCUAUCGGAUGAAGCACCGAAGGGCGGGGAUGCAACAGCGAUCGCGAACGCAGAGUCAGAUGCGAACACCAUCUAUCAUAUGCUGGGUGCCCUUGAGAAUUUGCUGUCGCUCAAACCCACGCUGGCAAAGCACUUGGCGGACAGCACUUUACUUGGCUGGCUGCUCGACAGGGCAGCAAGAAAAGGCAAGCAUGACCAGAAUCGAGGCUAUGCGGCCGAGCUGCUUGCUAUUCUGGUGCAAAGUCAAGAGGGCAACUACGUGUGUCAAAAGCUUGGAGAAAAGCAUGGCAUCGACGAUAUUCUUCAACUCUUGUCCCGGUAUCGCAAGACAGAUCCGGCAGACGAUGAAGAGACCGAGUUCGUCGAGAACGUGUUCGACGUUCUGUGUGCUGCGCUGUCGUCUUUUAAUAAGAAUCAGACGCGAUUCUACAGAUCAGAAGGAACAGAGCUCAUGUGCAUCUUUCUGAAAGAGAAGCGACCAACGCGAUUGCGCGCCAUCAAGGUUCUCGACUACGCACUUUCUGGGACUGCUGGAGCUAAAGCUUGCGAGACGUUCGUUGAGUCGAUGGGCUUGGCGCCACUCUUUUCCAUCUUAAUGGGCAGAGGCUUCAAGAAAGCGAACGCACCUACGGCUGCGGACGAAGAACACGUGCUAGGUGUAGUCGUCAGCCUCUUCAACAACUUGGCUUCUGACAGUCAACCUAGGAUACGCCUCUUGGCCAAGUUCGUCGAGGAUGAAUACGCGAAGGUGGACAGGCUGCUCGAGAUGGGCGAUGCUUGCAGCGCUAGGUUGAAAGGCAUCGACAAGGAAAUCGCAGUGGAAAGGCAGGCACAAGAAGCUGACGGAUCACGAGACGUCUCACUCGAAGAGGAGCUCUUCUACCUGCGUCGUCUGGAUGCAGGCCUGCAUUCUCUGCAGCACAUAAGCUAUAUCAUUGCUUGGCUCUGCAUGGAAGAUGACGGAGUCGCCGCUCAUUUGCGAACGAUGCUCUCGCGCAAGGGACACAAGCUGGACGGCCAAAUCGUCGACGUUCUCAAAGAGUGGUACGAACAUGUAGGCGAGGAUGCAGUCGUUGCUGAGCCCACGCCUGGGUCCAACGAGCCAGCGCUCCUCUUGCAAGAUGUCAUCAUUCAGCUUGUCAACUACAUGCUGGGUAUCGCCUAAAUGCAUGACACUUGAAUUGGCCCAGUGACCCUGUUGAGCCAACGAAAGAGACGUCUCGAAUACUUGUCCAGGGAUGGACAGCGCGAGAUGCAAGGCUGCCCGCAGUCUUGUAAGAGCCAGCCUGCUUCUGCUGACGAGUGACAUUUGGCGCUGGCGUUACCCCACUCAUGCGUCCUCUGCAGCGUCUUCCCUGGGCGUUUCCAGGGUGGAAGCAUUUCUCCCCAGUACCGGGGGUGAUGUGAAACUGCUAGAAGUCACCGAGGGUGCGUCUUUGCCCUCAGCUUUAAUACCAAGGCCAGAGACGUUUCUUGAGCCAACGUUUGUCAUUGUCGGACCCAACGAAAGCACGCUCCUUCUCCUGUCCAGUCCUGCACCGCGACUAGCACC